CGGUUCUCAGCCACACUCCACAGCGCCAGCUCCCGCCCGACUAUCCGCGUGAAGCUCGGCGAAUCUAAAGUGGACCGAGCGGAACCGGUUCAGUAAAGUGAGAGUGCGAUGAGGAGAGGAGCCAGAGAGUGAGGAGAUGGGCUGCACCUCGGCUAAGCAGGUGUCGGCCGUGCCCAGCGAUGAGGAGGGCCGGGGCAAGGCUUACAGCAACGGAGACCUCUUCUCCGACGAGUACAAGAUGAAGGGAGUGGAGGAGGUGAAGUACAUGCGUGGAGAGGAAGACCGGGUGAACGCACGCAACCAGGAGAACCUGGAGAAAAGCUCUGUACAUUACAGGGGCAAACAGCAGAAAGAAGGAUCUGGAGCCAAUGCCAACAGGACAAACAUCCACACAUCAGAGAGCCAGCAGGAGUUCUUCAGGAUGCUGGAUGAGAAGAUUGAGAAGGGACAGGACUACUGUUCGGAGGAGGAAGAGGCGGAGGACGGGACAUAGCACACAGGCCCCCGACUCAAUCCCCUACAGAGAGCCUCCCAGAGUGUGUAUGGGUGCAUGUGAGAGAAUCAGUGUUUGUAUGUUGUGUGUGUGUGUGUGUAUGUAUGUUUGACUGCCUUGUGAUUCUGUAUGUGUUGGACGUGAGCUUGUGUUUUUUGCGUGUGUGAGAGCGAGAGAGAGAGAGAGAGAGAGAAUGCUAUCCUCAAAGACUGUUGCCUCCAUCUUGGCCCUCGUCACAUUGGGUCCCUUAGUAGAUUGCUGGAGGGAGAGACGAACGAGGAGACAGAAAUGUGGACUCACUACAGCCAGGCCAGUGUGCCUGCUCCCCUGCAGGACUAUGGAGAGAUACUACCCCACCCCUCUACCCCAACUACCACCCCAGUGAACUGUACUGUGGUCCCUGGUCCAGCUCUGUGUAUACCACCCCCUCGUGACUCGUCGUUGGCAUCGCAGUCUCGGGAGACCAUAGAUUUCUUGUGCCUGGGGGUUAGGUCAUAGUGCAGUGUCUGCUGUGGCUGUGAAGUCCACCCUCCUGGUUUCCACCCUCCAUGGCCCUGGCUGUUGUGCUUCGUCUGCGAGGAGCAGAGAUGUGGAUGGAGAUAGCGGGGGGGGGGCACUUCCAUAUCCCCCACCAGCCCUCGUCACAGAACUGAGGCUCACUGCUGGAGUGGGCCAGACAGAGGACGAGAGGGAGGGAGAAGAGAAAAAUCAUGAUAUUUUAAUAAGAGAAAGAAGGGGGAGAGAGUGGGUUAUUCUGACGCUCUGAACUCCUGCCUUUUGAAGGACCUUUUUUUAUUCUGUUCAUCCAGUUCAGUUCUUUUAAUUUAAUUUGAAUGUUUUUUUUUUUUUAUAUGCCUUCUAUCAUAAUGCAUCACCUCCCGCAGGCUACAGCUCUAUGUGCCAGAGCUCCUGGGUCUCUACACAACCUGUCCUCUUAAAUAUACCCUCAACACUACUAUACCAGACCCUGGCUUUGUGAGACUAAACACACACUCCACACACACUCAACCUCAUAUUCAUAGAUGCAGACACACAAAUACGCACUCAUAUAUUCACACACACACACACAUUUGUACAGACAAAAGCAGCUAGACACAAACACACAGAGAUGCCAUUGUAUUGCUGUCAUUUCGUUAGCCGAGUGUUAUGUAAGUAUGUUAAUAGGCUGUGGUGUUGAGGGGUUUGGGUGAAUGUAGGAACCAGCAGCCGUGGGUUGUUUGGUUUCUGCUGCUGGACUUAUUAAUGUGCACCUGCAGUGUUCAUUACCCUUUCCUCUGCAUUGGUAGCUCAGUCGCCGCUUCUCUUCAACUCAGCAGUAUUGGCAGAGUAGAGUGACCCUCUGUUGACACACACACACACACACACAGCCUUUCAUGGACUGAGAAGUGAGUUGAAAGGAAAAUAUGUAUGGUUGCCUGGGAGACACAGCCCUGAUCAUGCUUAUGUCAUCAUCAUUACUGGAUUCUUUCUUUUUCAUUUGAUUUUUCAAUAAUUUUUGUUUUUCUAUUAAAAAUAAAAACACAGGAGCUGUU